GAACGGACAGCACAAGAAGCGGCAAAAUGAACCUGUUAGCUAAGAUCAUACUUUUCCUGUUGAUCCUGGAAUCUGUGUUUGCAUUGGACGCCAAUCUCACGGCUUGGCGUCAUCACAGACGACAAAAGCGGUUCCUAAUCUAUCAGAAUGGCGGUGUUAUCAAGUUUGUUUCAGGCUGUGCAUUUCCGGUUCCGUUUAUGGAGAAAAAAGUCUGGCGUCAGCUGGUCUGGCUGAUGAACUUCCACUAUCAGUUUAAUGAACCGCAAACUCCAAUCUACUGGUGGAAACUCUGGGAUAGUUCGCGAGGUCUCAAGGGUCCUGUGACCAAUCAGCCAGUUGCACCAUCCAUCCCAGCUCGCCUAUUAGUGGAUGAGCCCCAGCUUUUGCUCUUCAAGUUCGCCGAGGGAUAUAUGAAUCAGUUGGGUCAGAAUGGGAGUGCCUGUCUGGAGCGUCUGAUCUGCGAGAAUGGUCAGGUGGACGAGCAUAGUGGGCUCUAUGCGCAACUGCUUCACAGAUUAUUAAGACCACAUCGAACGCUGGACGGGAGAUACUUGAAUGCCUUUAGGAUGGGUCGCCAUGGCGUCAACUGCCGCAAAGCUUUUCCAGAGGCCCAUCACUGUUUUUUGGACGACUACAUACAUCUCCAUGAACGGGGACCCACACAGAGUUUUCUUUAA